UUCUCAUUGGCCGCCAAUGUGACGUAACACGCAACUACGUACUACGUAGGACUUCCUCAACUUGACGAGCAUCAACAGCGAAAUUGAAGAUGUUGGUCCUGGUGUUAGGCGACCUGCACAUCCCGCACCGGUGCAACACUUUGCCGGCUAAGUUCAAGAAGCUUCUGGUGCCGGGAAAGAUCCAACAUAUUCUCUGCACGGGUAACCUUUGCACCAAGGAGAGCUACGACUACCUGAAGACGCUCGCCGGGGACGUCCACAUCGUACGCGGGGACUUUGACGAGAACCUGAACUACCCGGAGCAGAAGGUGGUGACGGUGGGCCAAUUCAAGAUUGGUCUUAUCCACGGCCACCAGGUGAUCCCGUGGGGGGAAAUGGCCAGUUUGGCGCUACUGCAAAGGCAGCUGGAUGUGGACAUCCUCAUCUCUGGACACACGCACAAGUUUGAGGCCUUUGAGAACGAGAACAAGUUCUACAUCAAUCCAGGAUCCGCCACUGGAGCCUACAGCGCACUGGAAUGCAACAUAAUCCCAUCCUUCGUGUUGAUGGACAUCCAGGCGUCCACAGUUGUGACAUACGUCUACCAGCUGAUCGGAGACGACGUCAAAGUGGAACGAAUCGAGUACAAAAAGUCAUAAUUAGCACUACCCAACAUGCUUUCCUUUCCACUUGGGGACAGUUUCUGUCUUCAAUCCCAAAUUUCACAUUGUUUUCGUUUUGUUUUCAUUGUGUUGCAGUUGAAUUCUUGUGAUGAAUACAAACAUUGUCUUGCGAAAAUUUCAGCUUCCUUCUCAUUCCUUCGUUUCACACGGAAUAAACGACUUAUGUUCAA